UCCAGGCUCCUGAAUCUUUUUUUUUUUUUAAUAGAGACGGGGGUUUCUCCAUGUUGGUCAGGCUGGUCUCGAACUCCGGACCUCAGGUGAUCCGCCCGCCUCGGCCUCCCAAAGUGCUGGGAUUACAGGCGUGAGCCACCGCGCCCGGCCUCCAGGCUCCUGAAUCUUUUUUUUUGUUUUCCUGUUUCGAUUUUUCUGGGUUAAUUUAUAACACACUCUUGUCCCAGCUUUUCCACAGAGCCCUCCCCUUCACCCUUCCCUCAUUGUUCAGGAAAGCUUGGGCCACGUGACAGUGAGGGGAGUGCCCCCACAAUGAUUAUGUCAGCAGCUGCUUGGAGCCUGUUCAUCUACUACCCACGUUUCCAGGGAGCCCUGCGAGGAACUACUCAUCACGGUCCUGGAUGGAGGGGGCUGUGUAACUGCAGCUCUCCUGAGCCCAGACUAACAUUUUAUUGCCUGCAAAUCGUGCCCCUGUUCUCUUUCUAGGCUACUACCCUCUUUUAGAGAAUCAGAAUUCCCAGCCCCCUUUCUCCUGUUGACACUCUUUUCCCACCUCCCCAACCUAUCCUUGUUUAAAAAAAAAAAAAAAUCAUGUUUAUCGAUCACUUGCCAAGUGUCAGGUCCUGUCCUGGGCUCUGGAGACUACAGUGAAGGAGACAGAUGACGUUUCGUAUGGGCCCCUGGAGUUUGGCUUUCUCUUUUCCAAGCAGUGGAAAUAUGAGGCCCUUGCCACCCCACCUUUCUCUGUCUAGGGCCCCAGCUGGCCUCUUCUCUGUGCCAUCCCCUUGGUCCCUCUGUAGUCCUGGCUUCCUGGCCCCCACUUUUGGGGCAGCCCUAACUGUGGGUGGCUGCGUCCUCUGGAGGGAAGUACUAGACACCACGUAGGCUGCCGGGAGACCUUGUCUCUGAGUGGCCGUAGAAGCACCUGCCAUUGUUUCCCUUCACAGCCACUAUUGGCUCUGGUCGCCCCUUCCAUUGUCCGCAUCCUUCCUCCACCCACUCACCCACCAAUCACACGUGGACCCUUAACUGUCCUCUCCCAGGAUUUGAAGUGUCAGAGGAAGUGCUUCGGUUAAAGGGCUUCAUUAUGUAGAACGAAGGUUGGGAGGGAACAAGGUUGGUACAGGAACCCAGGAGAGGCCCAGGCAGGUUUCUGUCUCUCCCCUCCUCUCAAGGACCACCCAUCUCAUCCAGCGUGGCCUAACUUGCAGCGCCAUUCCUUUUCCUCACCCUUGGAAAGGCGAAGAUGCCAAGAUGAUGUGUUCUGCAAGGCUAGUGCGUUCAGGAAGUAGACAAGUCUUGAGCACUUAUUCUGGCCGGGGUUUUUUCCCUAAAGAGGCGCAGCGUACCUCCCUCUCUCCUCCCUUCCAUUAUUCACUGUGCAAGCGUCCCGCGCCCAUUGGCUGGGCGGUGUCUGGGGCUCUUCAGCCCAGCACCAGCACCCAGGUCCACGUGCGCUCGUGUGUGUGACACAGCCCUGACCUCAGUGGAGGCCACUAGCCAAUCAGGCGCCGGGAAGAGAUCCCCAGCCAAUCGGGGGCGGGGCCUGCGGCUCCGUCGGCAAGAGGCCAAUGAGGGGGCAGUGCCCGGCAUUAUGCAACCCGCCUCCCCGCCCGGUGGAGCUUCCACUCGGCUGCAGGCUGGAGCGGCGGCGGGCAGGCGGGCGGAGGACACUCCUGCGACCAGGUACUGGCUGUGAUCGAACUUCUCAACCCUCAGAGACAGAUCGUCCAUCUCACUCCCUCAGCCAGGCCUCCAGGCCCCCUUGUGCAUCCGUGGUGGCCUCUCUGCCUUCUCUGUUCUGUUCUCCCCAUGGCCCAGACAUGAGUGGCCCCCUAGAAGGGGCUGAUGGGGGAGGGGACCCCAGGCCUGGGGAAUCAUUUUGUCCUGGGGGCGUCCCAUCGCCUGGGCCCCCACAGCACCGGCCUUGCCCAGGCCCCAGCCUGGCCGAUGACACCGAUGCCAACAGCAAUGGUUCAAGCGGCAAUGAGUCCAACGGGCAUGAGUCUAGAGGCGCAUCUCAGCGGAGCUCACACAGCUCCUCCUCGGGCAACGGCAAGGACUCAGCCCUUCUGGAGACCACUGAGAGCAGCAAGAGCACAAACUCUCAGAGCCCAUCCCCACCCAGCAGUUCCAUUGCCUACAGCCUCCUGAGUGCCAGCUCAGAGCAGGACAACCCAUCCACCAGUGGCUGCAGCAGUGAACAGUCAGCCCGGGCGAGGACCCAGAAGGAACUCAUGACAGCACUUCGAGAGCUCAAGCUUCGACUGCCGCCAGAGCGCCGGGGCAAGGGCCGCUCUGGGACCCUGGCCACGCUGCAGUACGCACUGGCCUGUGUCAAGCAGGUGCAGGCCAACCAGGAAUACUACCAGCAGUGGAGCCUGGAGGAGGGUGAGCCUUGCUCCAUGGACAUGUCCACCUAUACGCUAGAGGAGCUGGAGCACAUCACGUCUGAGUACACGCUUCGGAACCAGGAUACCUUCUCAGUGGCUGUCUCCUUCCUGACCGGCCGAAUCGUCUACAUUUCGGAGCAGGCAGCUGUCCUGCUGCGUUGCAAGCGGGACGUGUUCCGGGGUACCCGCUUCUCUGAGCUCCUGGCUCCCCAGGAUGUGGGAGUCUUCUAUGGUUCCACUGCUCCAUCUCGUCUGCCCACCUGGGGCACAGGGGCCUCAGCAGGUUCAGGCCUCAGGGACUUUACCCAGGAGAAGUCCGUCUUCUGCCGUAUCAGAGGAGGUCCUGACCGGGAUCCAGGGCCUCGGUACCAGCCAUUCCGCCUAACCCCGUAUGUGACCAAGAUCCGGGUCUCAGAUGGGGCCCCUGCACAGCCGUGCUGCCUGCUGAUUGCAGAGCGCAUCCAUUCGGGUUACGAAGCUCCCCGGAUACCCCCCGACAAGAGGAUUUUCACUACGCGGCACACACCCAGCUGCCUCUUCCAGGAUGUGGAUGAAAGGGCUGCCCCCCUGCUGGGCUACCUGCCCCAGGACCUCCUGGGAGCCCCAGUGCUCCUGUUCCUGCAUCCUGAGGACCGACCCCUCAUGCUGGCUAUCCACAAGAAGAUCCUGCAGUUGGCGGGCCAGCCCUUUGACCACUCCCCUAUCCGCUUCUGUGCCCGCAACGGGGAGUAUGUCACCAUGGACACCAGCUGGGCUGGCUUUGUGCACCCGUGGAGCCGCAAGGUAGCCUUCGUGUUGGGCCGCCACAAAGUACGCACGGCCCCCCUGAAUGAGGACGUAUUCACUCCCCCGGCCCCCAGCCCAGUUCCAUCCCUGGACACUGAUAUCCAGGAGCUGUCAGAGCAGAUCCACCGGCUGCUGCUGCAGCCCGUGCACAGCCCCAGCCCCACAGGACUCUGUGGAGUCGGCCCCGUGACAUCACCAGGCCCUCUCCACAGCCCUGGGUCCUCCAGUGAUAGCAACGGGGGUGAUGCAGAGGGGCCUGGGCCUCCUGCGCCGGUGACUUUCCAGCAGAUCUGUAAGGAUGUGCAUCUGGUGAAGCACCAGGGCCAGCAGCUUUUUAUUGAGUCUCGGGCCCGGCCUCAGCCCCAGCCCCGCCUCCCUGCUACAGGCACAUUCAAGGCCAAGGUCCUUCCCUGCCAAUCCCCAGACCCAGAGCUGGAGACGGGUUCUGCUCCCAUCCAGGCCCCACUAGCCUUGGCCCCUGAGGAGGCUGAGAGGAAAGAAGCCUCUAGCUGCUCCUACCAACAGAUCAACUGCCUGGACAGCAUCCUCAGGUACCUGGAGAGCUGCAACCUCCCCAGCACCACUAAGCGUAAAUGUGCCUCCUCCUCCUCCUGUACCACCUCCUCAGCCUCUGACGACGACAAGCAGAGGACAGGUCCAGUCUCUGUGGGGACCAAGAAAGAUCCGCCGUCAGCAGUGCUGUCUGGGGAGGGGGCCACCCCACGGAAGGAGCCAGUGGUGGGAGGCACCCUGAGCCCGCUCGCCCUGGCCAAUAAGGCGGAGAGCGUGGUGUCCGUCACCAGUCAGUGUAGCUUCAGCUCCACCAUCGUCCAUGUGGGAGACAAGAAGCCCCCGGAGUCGGACAUCAUCAUGAUGGAGGACCUGCCUGGCCUAGCCCCAGGCCCAGCCCCCAGCCCUACAGUAGCCCCUGACCCAGCCCCAGAUGCCUACCGUCCAGUGGGGCUGACCAAGGCCGUGCUGUCCCUGCACACACAGAAGGAAGAGCAAGCCUUCCUCAGCCGCUUCCGAGACCUGGGCAGGCUGCGUGGACUCGACAGCUCUUCCACAGCUCCCUCAGCCCUUGGCGAGCGAGGCUGCCACCACGGCCCCGCACCCCCAAGCCGCCGACACCACUGCCGAUCCAAAGCCAAGCGCUCACGCCACCACCAGAACCCUCGGGCUGAAGCGCCCUGCUAUGUCUCACACCCCUCACCCGUGCCACCCUCCACCCCCUGGCCCACCCCACCAGCCACUACCCCCUUCCCAGCGGUUGUCCAGCCCUACCCUCUCCCAGUGUUCUCUCCUCGAGGAGGCCCCCAGCCUCUUCCCCCUGCUCCCACAUCUGUGCCCCCGGCUGCUUUCCCUGCCCCUUUGGUGACCCCAAUGGUGGCCUUGGUGCUCCCUAACUAUCUGUUCCCAACCCCAUCCAGCUAUCCUUAUGGGGCACUCCAGACCCCUGCUGAAGGGCCUCCCACUCCUGCCUCGCACUCCCCUUCUCCAUCCUUGCCCGCCCUCCCCCCCAGCCCUCCUCAGCGCCCGGACUCUCCACUGUUCAACUCGAGAUGCAGCUCUCCACUCCAGCUCAAUCUGCUGCAGCUCGAGGAGCUCCCCCGUGCUGAGGGGGCUGCUGUUGCAGGGGGCCCUGGGAGCAGUGCCGGGCCCCCACCUCCCAGUGAGGAGGCUGCUGAGCCAGAGGCCAGACUGGUGGAGGUCACUGAGUCCUCCAAUCAGGACGCACUUUCCGGCUCCAGUGACCUGCUGGAACUUCUGCUGCAAGAGGACUCGCGCUCCGGCACAGGCUCCGCAGCCUCGGGCUCCUUGGGCUCUGGCUUGGGCUCUGGGUCUGGUUCAGGCUCCCAUGAGGGGGGCAGCACCUCAGCCAGCAUCACUCGCAGCAGCCAGAGCAGCCACACAAGCAAAUACUUUGGCAGCAUCGACUCUUCCGAGGCUGAGGCUGGGGCUGCUCGGGGCGGGGCUGAGCCCGGGGACCAGGUGAUUAAGUACGUGCUCCAGGAUCCCAUUUGGCUGCUCAUGGCCAAUGCUGACCAGCGCGUCAUGAUGACCUACCAGGUGCCCUCCAGGGACGUGACCUCUGUGCUGAAGCAGGAUCGGGAGCGGCUCCGAGCCAUGCAGAAGCAGCAGCCUCGGUUUUCUGAGGACCAGCGGCGGGAACUGGGCGCUGUGCACUCCUGGGUCCGGAAGGGCCAACUGCCUCGGGCUCUUGAUGUGAUGGCCUGUGUGGACUGUGGGAGCAGCACCCAAGAUCCUGGUCACCCUGAUGACCCACUCUUCUCAGAGCUGGAUGGACUGGGGCUGGAGCCCAUGGAAGAGGGUGGAGGCGAGCAGGGCAGCAGCGGUGGCGGCAGUGGUGAGGGUGAGGGCUGCGAGGAGGCCCAAGGCGGGGCCAAGGCUUCAAGCUCUCCGGACUUGGCCAUGGAGGAGGAGGAAGACAGGAGCUCAUCCCGUCCAGCCUUACCUACAGCAGGAAACUGCGCCAGCUAGACUCUAUUCUGGGCCAUCUCCAGGAGUCCACGCGAGGCUUUCUUCUCUUAUGUCCCAAUUCUCAGAACUCAGAUGUGGCUAGACCAACCGGUGGGAACUGCCCCAGCUUCUCCCAGCAUAGGGGGCCGGACCCCCAUCACCAGCCUAGGAUCCAGGGGCUGCCUCUGGCCUCUUAGGGAGCAGAGAGCAGAACUCCACAGCCCAGCCCAGAGGAGUGUCACCUCCCACCUUUGGAGAGGAAUCCUUCCCUCCCCUGGACAAAGUUGCUGACAAGCUGCUGAAGUGGCCUCUCCGUAUUUCAGCUGAGCCUGAAUCCGACUCCUGAGGGUUGGGGCUACACUUAUUUAUUGGGGGAGACAGCUCUCUCUCCCACCUCCUCCCCAGACGGGAGGAGAGCCUGAGGCUCAGGCAGGACCCGGGGGUUCCAGCCCCUAGCUGCUCUCGGGUGGGGGAGGUUGGUGGACCAUGGAGUCCCUGGUGCUGCCCCUCAGGUGGGACCCAGGCGUUCUCAGCUGUACCCUCUGCCAGUGGCAUUUGUGUUUUUGAUAUUUGUGUCUGUUACUACUUUUUUAAUACAAAAAGAUAAAAUCGCCCA